GGAAAUCAGAAACAUCAAACUGAGCACCUGCUGAGCACAUCUACAAUAAGAGGCAAAAAGACUGCAAGACAAACUACUGUCACCAUGAAAGCCACAUUUGCCAUCACCGCUCUCGUCGUCCUGGCUCUGGGCUUGACCUCUGAGGCUGUGCAAGUUGAAGAGAAUGGGUUGUCUUUCUCAAUGGAAGCUGUCAAGCGGCUUCAAGAGUUGUCGGAGAGUAAUGGCAUGACAGGACAACAAAACCCAAGACUGAAGGCUAACACCAUGUCCCUCUGCGCUGACCCCAUGCUCCCACAGGAGUUUCUGCCACUCUGCAGGCAGAGAGGAGCAUCUGCUUCCCUGACCAGAUUAUCUGCUGUACCCUUGGACAUCUGUGAGAUCUGCGCAUUUGCUGCCUGCACUGGUUGCUAAACAAACAAAGCAAGCCAGAAACAUCCUGCUUACUUGUGAUUUAUUUUUCAUCCCCUGCUAAACUGUUUUAAGGAAAUUCGACUUUUAACCACAUGCAAUGAUGAAACCAGUGGCUUUAUCUCUGCAUUUUUGACUCCGGCCCAUUGGACACCUGCAAAUUUUAGACUUAAAAUAUCUCAAAAAGGAAAAGAAAAAAAGAAUCUGACAAAAUGGGGAAUGUUUUGCAAACUGUUACUUAGCAUAUUUACUAUUUUAUUUUUCUGCAGAAAAUU